AUGGAAGUGGAAGACGAUGCCUGGUAUCACGUGACAGUGACCUUUCGUCCGGGCAACAGCGCGGUGGAACUGAAGCUGCAGGGCGUUCAGUUCAGCAGCGGGGUUAUUCCAGUGAACAUGCUCGCGAUGAGCAGUGGGCCCCAGCUGGGCGUCUACUCCUUCGAAUAUUCUGGAUCGUGGCCGAGCAAUGGUUUUACAUUGUGGGUCAAUGACCCUUGUGUAGGGGAGACCACGUGCACUACUGCAAGUACUUCCACCAGCAGCACGAGCACAUUGCCCAGCACCAUGGCCUGUUUAUGGGUAGGUACUACGCAGAGCACCACGCUCCCUGUCGGCUGUGGGCUUCCAGGGAACAUGCAGCCAGGAAGCCCUGUCGACCGCCGUGGGUUUGCCUACCAACAUGGCAAGCUCAAGCUCUCUGGUGCUCAGCUCGUCAACCUGAGGGGCGAUGCUGUGCAGCUGAAGGGUAUGUCUUCCCAUGGCCUGCACUGGUUCCCAGACUGCUAUGAGAAGGGCAUGCUUGAGCACCUGGUAUCCAGCUGGGGGAUCACCGUCUUCCGGGCGGCGAUGUACAUCGGUGAGGGUGGCUACGCCACUGACAAGUCAGUAGCGCAGCUGGUGGAUGAGAUUGUCGCCUGGGGUGAAGAGUUUGGAGUCUACAUCAUCAUCGACUGGCAUGUCUUGACGCCGGGAAAUCCCCUCCACUGGCUCACCGGUGACGGAGCAUCUCAAGCCGAUGCGGCAGCUUAUUGGCGUGAGACGGCUAUGAAGUACAAGAACAAGACUCAUGUUCUCUAUGAGAUUUGCAAUGAGCCCAAUUAUGUAGACUGGCCCGUGGUGAAGUCAUAUGCGGACAGCAUCAUCUCCGUGAUCCGUGAGGUCGACCCGGACACAAUCAUCAUCGUUGGCACGCCGACCUGGAGUCAGGAUAUCCACGAAGCUGCGAGCAACCCGGUGCAGAUGCCCUACAAUGUCAUGUACGCGUUCCAUUUCUAUGCUGGCACGCACGCCUUUCUUCUCCCGCGCUUGCGCCAGUAUGCCUCGCAGAUCCCAAUCUUCGCGACGGAGUGGGGCACCAGCCAGGCGAGCGGGGACGGCGGGCCAUAUCUGGACCUAGCCAAGGCCUGGCCAAGCGGAAUCCAACAUCUCUUCGCUGCUUGUGGGUGCGCGAUGUUGUGCGAGUAUGUCCGUGUGCAUUGCCAGGAGUUCCUGGACCUUUUCGGUAGCGGAGAGCUCGGGGUCACGGUGAGCUGGGCUCAAUGGAGCCUGGCGGACAAGUCAGAGGUCUCGGCGGCUCUCGGCAGCGGAAGUUGCCAAGCUGAUCGCGACAUGGAUGCACGCCGCAGAUCCCACCACAACAGGUGCUCCACCAACGUCGACCCAACCUGUCACGACUACACCUCCUGCUACGACAGUGCCUACAACCCAAACCACAACUUCGAUGGCCACCACGACGACUGGAGUGGUCUCAACAACUACUCAUACACUGGUGGCAACGACACUUCGCGUUCCAGUGAGACAUCAAAGGAUGGGUCCUCCGAUUGCCCGCGAGAUGCCCGCCGACACUACAAGCGCUCCAAGCACUACAAGCACUACAAGCACUACAAGCACUACAACCACUACAACCACUACAACCACUACAAGCACCUCUGA